UGUGUGUGUGUGUGUGUGUGUGUGUGUAUAUGUGACGCCGCCGCAGAGCGCUUUCCCUUUAAAUGCCAGGCGGUUCAGGCAUGACUAAUCGAGCGGCGGUGUGAGAACGUUCCGGGGUUCCGGGUUGUGUCUGUGCGCGGAGCCGAUGGAGGUGACGGUGCUGGGCAGCGGCUCGGCUUUCCCCGGGCCGCUCCGAGGGUGCUCGGCUGUAGUGCUGCGGCUGCCGCGGGGAGACUGCUGGCUGUUCGACUGCGGGGAGGGAACGCAGACGCAGCUGAUGAGGAGCAGCGUCAGAGCAGGUAAAAUCUCAAAAAUCUUCAUAUCCCAUCUCCACGGUGACCACAUGUACGGCCUGCCAGGGCUGCUGUGCACGCUGAGUCUGAACUGUAGCGUGCCUCCAGGCCAGCAGGGGGAGCGUGUGGAGAUAUUCGGGCCGGUGGGUUUGAGGCUGUUUCUGCGCGUCGCUCUGCGCGUCUCCAGCUCUGAGCUAAUGUUUCCCUUCACCGUUCACGAGCUGGAGCCCACCAGAGACCAAAGCCCCCCCACUGGCCUGCUGGACCCUGAGCUGACCGCCUGUUGCCCGCAGCACCACCCGCAGGAGCAGCCUGGUAGGACGGUGCGGCUGGAUGUGGAGUCGAACUGUUACACGCUGAUCGAGGACGAGCAGGUUGUGGUGAAGGCCUUCAGGCUCUGUCACAGGGUUCCUUCAUUUGGGUUCUCCAUUCAGGAGAGAGACCAGCCCGGACGCCUCAGAGUGGAGCUGCUCAAAGAGAUGGGACUGAAACCUGGUCCACUAUUUGGUCGUCUGAAGAACGGAGAGUCGGUGACGCUGGAGGAUGGUCGUGUUCUUGGGCCCAGCGAGGUUCUGGAGCCGGCAACCCGCGGACGGAAGGUGUGCGUUUUGGGGGACUGCAGCGGGGCGGUGGGGGAGGGGGUCCACGGGGUGUGCGAGGGGGCAGAUAUGCUGGUUCACGAGGCCACGCUGGAGGACGGGUUACAGGAGAAAGCUGUGGAACACGGACACAGCACUCCCAGCAUGGCGGCUGCAGUGGCGCGGGACUGUGGCGCUCACACGCUCCUUCUCACGCAUUUCAGCCAGCGCUACAAACCUGCUGGGGGUCCGGGAGGGACUGGGGACGACGUCCUCAAGUUGAAGAGACAGGCUGAACUCGCCCUGCAAGGAACAAACACGUGCGUCAUACUCGCUGAGGACUUUCUCUCUCUACCUAUUCCUCUUAGAAAACACCUGGCCGAGCCUGACGGCACCUGGCCGAGCCUGACGGCACCUGACCGAGCCUGAUGGCACCUGGCCAAGCAUGACGGCACCUAACCCUAACCCUGACGGCACCUGGCCGAGCCUGACGGCACCUAACCGAGCCUGACGGCACCUAACCCUAACCCUGACGGCACCUGGCCGAGCCUGACGGCACCUAAUCCUAACCCUGACGGCACCUAACCCUGACGGCACCUGGCCAAGCCUGACGGCACCUAACCCUAACCCUGACGGCACCUAACCCUAACCCUGACGGCACCUAACCCUAACCCUGACGGCACCUGGCCGAGCCCGACGGCACCUAACCCUAACCCCAACGGCACCUAACCCUAACCCCAACGGCACCUAACCCUAACCCUGACGGCACCUAACCCUAACCCUGACGGCACCUGGCCGAGCCCGACGGCACCUAACCCUAACCCCAACGGCACCUAACCCUAACCCCAACGGCACCUAACCCUAACCCUGACGGCACCUAACCCUAACCCUGACGGCACCUAACCCUAACCCUGACGGCACCUAACCCUAACCCUGACGGCACCUGGCCGAGCCCGACGGCACCUAACCCUAACCCCAACGGCACCUAACCCUAACCCCAACGGCACCUAACCCUAACCCUGACGGCACCUAACCCUAACCCUGACGGCACCUAACCCUAACCCUGACGGCACCUGGCCGAGCUUGACGGCACCUAACCCUAACCCUGACGGCACCUAACCCUAACCCUGACGGCACCUAACCCUAACCCUGACGGCACCUGGCCGAGCCCGACGGCACCUAACCCUAACCCCAACGGCACCUAACCCUAACCCCGACGGCACCUAACCCUAACCCCGACGGCACCUAACCCUAACCCCGACGGCACCUAACCCUAACCCUGACGGCACCUGGCCGAGCUUGACGGCACCUAACCCUAACCCUGACGGCACCUGACCGAGCCUGACGGCACCUAACCCUAACCCUGACGGCACCUAACCCUAACCCUGACGGCACCUGACCGAGCCUGACGGCACCUAACCCUAACCCCGACGGCACCUAACCCUAACCCCGACGGCACCUAACCCUAACCCCGACGGCACCUAACCCUAACCCCGACGGCACCUAACCCUAACCCUGACGGCACCUGGCCGAGCUUGACGGCACCUAACCCUAACCCUGACGGCACCUGACCGAGCCUGACGGCACCUAACCCUAACCCUGACGGCACCUAACCCUAACCCUGACGGCACCUGACCGAGCCUGACGGCACCUAACCCUAACCCUGACGGCACCUGACCGAGCCUGACGGCACCUAACCCUAACCCCGACGGCACCUAACCCUAACCCUGACGGCACCUGGCCGAGCCUGACUGAACUGUGCUUGCUGAGGAUUCCUCUCUUUACCUGUUCCUCUGAGAGAGCAGGCUGAUGCAGCUCUCACUGUGAUGUGAAAACAAAAUAAAAUCUUUUUUUCGUUUA